AUGGCUAUCUUGGGUUUUCAAUUGGUUUCGACUUUAAUCGGCGUUAGUCUUCUUACCAAAUUAAGUGCCCACUUUUCUUUUACAAAAGCGUUAGUGUUCGGAGGCCUUUAUCGUUGUCUUCUUCCUUCGGACAAGGAGAUAUUAGAAUCCGCUGGAUUAACCAAAGUUAAAUCAAAGGGAAGGAGAAGUAACGGGGCUGCACAAGCAAAUGGGGAGAAUGCUGAAACGUUUCAUUUUCCACGAACAACACCAAUCACCCUUCGCAAAUCUUCAAUUCAUGCUCAUGAUAUUGCUGUUCUUCCUUUUUACACCGAACUUGUCUGGCUUGUUGAUUUUACCGUUUGUGCGCUCUUCGUACUGUUUGUUAAUGAUGCUGUCUCAUUCACUCGACAAGCGUAUCUUAAUGCAUUGAACUCUGGCAAGCCGACCUCUCUAUCGAACUCUAUACAUAGCUUUUUUGCUCCUAGUGCAAUCAAUCUAAAUCUUGUUUGGAGUCUUUUUAUCGUCUGGUUUGCUCUAUCUUCACUUUUCUCCCUAUUUCGCGUCUAUAUUGGCUCCGACGGAAAUAGUCAACCUGAUAAGGACAGAUCCGAACAGUCGACUCAAUCAGCUUCUGAAUGGCCCCUAUUACUAUUCAUAGUCUUCUCCACUUUCGUUGCUGCAAUGUUUUUCCUCACUUUGGAUACCACUUUCCUUGACCUUCGAAUGGCACCUGCCUACGGAAAUUUGACCUUUUCUCUUUCUGAAGGAACUCCUGCUACUCCUGUAAUCAGUUGGGGAAUGUUUCAAACCUGUUUGGCAACUUUUGCCUCUCUUGUUGGUCUACUCUUCCUCUACCCAAGUCUCCAGUACGGCCGAGUCUAUGUUCAGGUCUUAAAGAGUCCAGAUUCUUCAAGAUUUAACUAUGCUCUCUUUUACCUUAACCUCUUCGCACCAAUGUUUGCCUUACUGCUGUGGGUUAUACCUCUUGCGACGCAUAUCUCCUCUCUAAUUCUACAAAGGCUGGGGGCUGUGAAAAUUGGAGGUUGGUUCCUCUCCUGUGUCAUUAUAAUUGCUCGUGCUCUCUCCCCGGAUCAUAUUUCAAGUGUUAGGCUACUUGUUACUCUCGCUGCUGUCACGCUUCGUUUCGCCAUGACCAAACGACAUAUGCAGGCUUUCUUGGAUACCGCUCAGACACGGCUAGAUCGUUUGGCUCGUGAACCCGGUCGUACGACAAAUCGUGAAGUUCAGCGCAUAGUUGCUAGUGUAUUCCACUGCUUCAACUUUGCUGCUCUUCAGUAUCUUGCUCCUGCAAUCCUUCUUAUUGGAUUUACGUUCUCGUAUAAGGUCUCCACCGGUGUUGGAUGGAUUCCUAUACUUUCUAGCACUCCAGAUUAUAAAGCCACAUCUCUCAAUACGAAUUCAUCUCUUUCUGGAGUGCUGGAAGCUUUUGCUGGGCAGGAAUGGGAGUCGGUAUUCACUGCCCCCUGGUUUGCUGCAUUGCAUCAGACAAGGGAAGCUUUUGAAGGACUCUGGGAAGCUGUUCGAUGUCAAGCGGGGAACGUAUGCUCAGGGGUGCUUGGAUUCGUCCUCUUUUGGUGUCUGGCUGUUUGGCAGGGACUUGCUUUCACUAGUCUAGCCUACCAUCGAUUCAUUGAAUGA